AUGCGCUGGGGACCCCUGUGUCAGUUCCUGUGGCUUUGGUCCUAUCUGUCCUACACACAAGCUGUGCCCAUCCAGAAAGUCCAGGAUGACACCAAAACUCUCAUCAAGACCAUCAUCACCAGGAUCAAUGACAUCUCACACACGCAGUUCGUGUCCUCUAAACAGAAGGUCACUGGUUUGGAUUUCAUUCCUGGGCUUCACCCUGGUCUGAGUUUGUCCCAGAUGGACCAGACAUUGGCAAUCUACCAACAGAUCCUCACCAGUCUGCCUUCCCAAAAUGUGGUGCAAAUAUCUAAUGACCUGGAGAACCUCCAGGACCUUCUCCAUCUGCUGGCCACCUUCAGGAGCUGCCCCCCAUCCCAGACCAAUGAGGUGGAGACCCUGGAGAGCCUGAAUGGUGUCCUGGAAGCCUCUCUCUAUUCUACAGAGGUGGUGGCCCUAAGCAGGCUGCAGGAGUCUCUGCAAGACAUGCUGAAGCAACUGGACCUCAACCCUGGGUGCUGA